AUGGCGGAACGUAGGAAAAGCAGGAAACGCAAAGAUGAUAUAUCAAAUGCAGAUAAUGAAGCUGCUGAAGAGAAACCAUGUAAAGAUGAAUAUGCAGUAGCUAAAUGGAUCCGUAACAAUGUACCAUCAAAGAAAACGAAAUUUGAUAAAAAUCACAAUGUUGAAUAUUUCACUGGCACCCGUGCAGUGGAUGCCUUAUUGGAGAACUCACCGUGGAGUAAAACCAGAUUUGAAACACGCGAACAGGUCACACAAUUUCUUAAUUCAAUGUUAAGACAUAAAUUUUUUCAUAGAGCAAAAAAAGUAGUAAUUUCUGAAGAGGAGUUAUGUAAAAUACGUGGAAUAAAAAAAAAAGUUAAAGAACAUAAAAAAGAAAAGAAAUCUAAUGAGAAAGAGAAAGAAGAAUCUAAAGAAAACAAGGAUACAAUAGGUGGAAAAGAUAGUGAUGACAAAGUACGUUUGGAAAUGCAUAUGGAUCAAUAUUUUGUGGAUUGUAAUGAUGCUUAUGUUUGGAUAUAUGAGCCAAUACCCAUAUACUACUGGUUCUUUGGAACACUUGUAGUUUUAGGUGCAAUUGGUGUUUGUCUUUUCCCAUUGUGGCCUUUAACAAUCCGUCAAGGUGUAUAUUAUAUAAGUGUUGCAGCUGCUGUAUUCCUUGUAUUCAUUUUGACAUUAGCAAUUUGUAGAUUGAUUGCAUUUUGCCUUUUGUGGGUUCCAACACUUGGCAGAUGUCAUCUUUGGCUUUUGCCUAAUUUGACUGCAGAUGUUGGAUUCUUUGCUUCUUUCUGGCCACUUUAUCAAUAUGAAUAUUAUGGUCCUAUAUCUGAAGGUGAUAAAAAGGUUAAUAAAAAAAAGAAAAAGAAGGAAAAAGACUCUGAUACUGAAGAAACAUGCUCGACACAAUUAGAAGAGAAGUCUGAUACGAAGGAAUCACUUAAAGAACAUACUCAAAUUGAAGAAAAAAAGCUCCCCUCGUCUGAAUUGGUAGAAGGUGAAGAAGGUAGUGAAGGUUCAGAAAGUGACAAAUCUAACACAGGUCGCGAUUUUGUGAUGCUUUAAAACAGAGGAACUCUUGGCAAUAAAAAUUUUUAUAACAACACACCAAUAUCUUUAUUUGUAUCACUCUAGCUGGAAUUUAUGAUCUUUUCAUCAUUACCAUAUAUUUAUACCUUGUUUUUAGAGAAGAGCAGUCUGAUACAAAAGAAUCGUUUAAAAAAUAUACUCAAAUUAAGAA